AACCCUCAAACCGCUAGCCCCACAUUAACAGAGACUAAAAUGACUUGACUCAAAACCAACCCGUGCACGAUGCACCCAAUUUGACAAUUCUAUCGGACCCCGACUAACACACAAUUUUCUUUUGGCCCAAUGGAUAGGUUUCGGGUCAAGUCCACUUUCCCAUUCCUCUUCCCUGGUUUAUUUUUCCCUCAACAACUUCAAACUCCCAUACUUUCAUUUUCAUCACUGAACCCAGAAAAACUGCGCAUAAAUACAAAUUCAAACGUCAAUGUUUCCAACACUCAAGAUUCACUUCUUCAACUCUAACACACUUCUCCUUUUAAUCUCUCUCUCAUGUCCAAAAGACUGCUUUCUCUCAUCAAACCUCGCCAAAACCCCAACUCAAAACCAGCAAAAAUACCCCAUUAUGAACCCCAUAUCAAGAAAUUGGCCAAUGAAGCAUGCAAUUUACUCAGAACCCACCAAAAUUGGGACAAAUUUCUCGAACCCCAGCUCGCUGAAGAAUCAAUUGAAGCUUCAGAAAUUGCCCAUCUUGUUUUUGAUAGAAUUGGUGAUGUUGGCUUGGGGUUGAAGUUUUAUGAAUGGUUUACUAAUCGAAAAUAUUGCUCUCCUCUUGAUGGGUAUGCGUUUUCUUCCCUUCUUAAGCUCUUAGGAAGUAAUAGGGUAUUUGAUGAGGUUGAAAAUGUGUUAAUUUGCAUGAAAAAUGAUGGUAUUUUGCCUACUAUUGAUGCUUUUGAUGUGUUAAUUCGAGCUUAUUCUGAUUCUGGGUUAGUUGAUAAAGCUAGGGAAUUGUAUAGAUUAGUGAAUGAUAAGUUUGAUUGUAUGCCUAGUGUUUAUGCUUGCAAUUCAUUGCUUAAUGGUUUGGUGAAGUGUCGUCGUAUGGAGGUUGCACUAGUGGUGUAUGAUGAAAUGCUUAAGAGAGAUGGCGGUGGUGGUGGUGGGAGGUGUUGUUUCGAUAACUAUAGUACGAGUAUCAUGGUGAGGGGUUUGUGCGAGCGAGGGAAAGUUGAUGAGGGAAGGAAAUUGAUUGAGGAUAGGUGGGGAAAGGAUUGUGUGCCGAAUGUUGUGUUUUAUAAUACUCUUAUUGAUGGGUACUGCAAGAGAGGUGAGAUUGCGAGGGCGAAUUGUCUUUUGCUAGAGAUGAAGUUGAAAGGGUUUUUACCUACUGUAGAGACAUAUGGAGCUAUGAUAAAUGGACUUUGCAGAGAAGGGAAGUUUGAAGAGGUUGAUAAACUAUUGGAGGAGAUGAAGAUGAGGGGUUUGACAGUCAAUGUUCAGAUUCAUAAUAAUAUAAUUGAUUUCCGGUAUAAACAUGGUUGUUCAGUGGAACCUUACGACAUGGUUAGAAGAAUGAAGGAGAGUUACUGUAAGCCAGAUAUUAUGACAUAUAACAUUCUAAUUUCUGGUUUAUGUAACAACGGGAAUGUGAAGGAAGCUAAUGCAUUUCUAGAGCAGGCCAGAAAAAGGGGUUUGACACCUGAUCAAUAUAGUUAUACUCCUUUCGUUCAUUUCUAUUGCAAACAAGGUGACCCUGAUAGGGCUUCCAGUUUGCUCAUUGAAAUGACAGAGAGAGGUCAUAAACCUGAUAUGGUUACUUAUGGAGCACUUGUGCAUGGACUUGUUGUUCGUGGUGAGAUUGAAGCUGCAUCAAACAUUCGAAAGCAAAUGAUUGAGAGGGGAGUUAUCCCUGAUGCUGGAAUUUACAAUGUUCUUAUGAGUGGAUUAUUCAGAAAAGGGAUGCUUUCAGCUGCAAAACAGUUGCUUUGUGAGAUGCUUGACCAUAAAGUACAUCCUGAUGCAUUUGUUUACACUACAUUGGUUGACGGAUUUUCCAGAAAUGGUAAUCUAGAUGAAGCGAAGAAGAUUUUUGAACUUGCUGUUGAAAAAGAUUUAGAUCCUGGUGUUGUGGGAUACAAUGCCAUGAUUAAGUCAUACAGCAGACUGGGGAGGAUGAAUGAUGCAAUGCUCUGUUUCCAGAAAAUGACUCAGAGACACCUCUCUCCUGAUGAAUUCACCUAUUCAACAUUAAUAGAUGGUUAUGUCAAGCAACAUGACCUUAGUAAUGCAUUAAGGAUGUUUAGAAAGAUGGUAGAAAAGAAACUUAAACCAAAUGUCGUCACUUAUACGUCUCUUAUUAAUGGGUAUUGUCGCCAAGGAGAUACAUUUGGAGCUGAGAAAAUUUUCAAGGAGAUGCUAUGUCAUGGUUUGAUGCCUAAUGUAAUUACAUAUAGCAUACUUAUUGGUGGAUUUUGCAAAGAGGGCAACCUUGUAAAAGCAGCAUCCACAUUUGAAGGAAUGCUGAUGAGUAAAUGCACCCCAAACAAUGUUACAUUUAACUAUCUAGUUAAUGGAUUUACCAAUAUUGUGCCUGCUGCAAUAGCUGAGAAGGAAUAUGAUACUGAAAAGCAUGAAAAUUCAAUCUUUCUGAACCUCUUCAAAAGAAUGCUUUCUGAUAAUUUGUCUCCCAGAAAGUCGGUAUAUAAUUGCAUUCUCAUCUAUCUUUGUCAGCACAGAAUGCUCACAACUGCUUUGCAGCUGAUACAAAGAAUUAUGAAUAGGAAUAUCCUUGACGAAUCAUUUACUUUUGUUGCCUUGCUCCAUGGUCUUUGCUUGGAAGGAAGAUCAAGGGAAUGGAGAAAUUUGAUCACGUUUAGUUUGAAUGAGCAGGAGAUCUAUAUUGCUUUAAGAUACUCAAAGUUGUUGGAUAUGUAUCUCCCCAAAGGAACAUCAUCUGAUGUUUCAUUCAUUUUGCAUCUGUUACUUGAAAAUUGCAAGUUUAACGGCCAUGAAGCAGAACAUCGUACAGCUUCUGCGAGAUAAUGGGAAGUUUUGCAUCAGUUGGUUGACGAUUGCAAGUUUACCAGCCAUGAAGCUGAACACCAUACAGCGUCUGUAUGAUAAUGGGGAGGGAACUUUAACUCUGUACAGACCAAGAAAUGACUAUACUCUUGGGUUCAGUUGAUUGGUAGUGCUUAAAAUUUCAUCAGUGGGUUUUCAUAUUGAUAAAGUCUUCAUGAACCUGAUAAAUUGGUGGUUUAUUAAUGGUUGAAGACUUAAAGGAGAGACAUAUUGGAGGAAUCGUGUAUAUAUUUGGUCCCAAGAGCACCGUGAUCUGUCCUCUUCUGACUGUUGUGGCUUUUGGUGCUGAUCAACUAUGUAACUCACACCACAUCAUGAUGAGUUGGUGUAACAUACUUUUACCGUACAAGACAUGGUUAAUUCCAUAUUGGCAUCCUUGGUUUCACUUCAGAAAACUGCCUUAGCAAUCCGGUAAACUGCAUGGUCUUUUUUUUUUUUUUUAUUUUUUUUUUUUUUUGACACAAACUGCAUGGUCUGUACGAGGUGAAUCAGUGCUGAGACAAUAAUGCAUUGUUUCAGUCACAUAAUAUUCCUGUGAAGUGUUAACUUUUUCCUUUUGGUAUGAAUACAACCAUACAGUUAACAUGUGCAUGAAAAAUUGCUACUGAAGUACAUUGCCUGUUCAAGCGUGACUUGCCCACAGCUAUCUGAGUAUGUUGCAGUAUAACAAGACGCAAGAUUUUGUUUGAACAUUGUCCCUGUUUUUCAGGCACCAAAUAAUGGUUACUUCACCUACUUGUGGUUUUCAUGUGUCUUGUGCAAACUCAUUGCUUUCACUGAUUCAAGGAAGAGAGGUGUAUUGCUUACAGUAGCUGAAAACAACUCUGUUAGGCUCAAAUCACAGGUGAAGGGUAAGAAACGGCAUACCUACAUCCUGAAGUAGCUGGCUGCCCUUCUCCAAGGGUUCUGAACGACACUCCUCGUUACGUAUUAAUCAAACACAUUUGAAGCCUUGAGCUGUUCACUCAGUUCUUUUUCCUCUCCUUUUCUUGAAUAUGCAAAUUCUGUUCCUAGGAUGGACAAUUGUAAAUUAGCCUAUCAAGUCAGAUGUUUGACAGAAGUGUAUACUUAGUUUGAACAGAUUUUUGGGAAUGCUCAAGUCUGUUAAACUUCCUACAAUGGACCUCAAUUCUCUCCA